AUGGCAAAUUAUAGCUCAACAACUAUAAAAGAUACACGACAUAUUGAUGAAGAUAAGAAAGAUAUAUUCACGCUUGAUGGUUAUACAAAAUAUUUUGAAACAUGUGAAAAUGAUGCUGCCGUAUUUUCUCGGCUACCAUCUAUUCUUGGAGAAGACCCAAAUGAUGACAUUUGGAGACAACACUUAGAGUAUCGAGGACAUCUCAAAAAGGCUAACUAUCUUUUUGAAACUUGGAAAAAUAUUGAUUACAACAAAAGAAAUAUGGAAAAAAAUGAUAUAAUAAAAUAUAUUGAAAUAUUUUCUCUUCUGGAAAAUGUCUUUCGCAAUGUCCUACUUCGUCCAUACAUACCUGCCUAUCGUGCAAUCAAUAAGUAUUGCGGUCGAUAUUGUUGUUUUAUUUCAGAUGCUGACAAACCAUUAUUUAAGAAUCUAGGAUUUCGUGAUGAUAAUGAUUCAUCCGAGCUACUUAUUUAUAAGGAAACUGAUCCACUAAAAACAAUUAUCUAUGCCAUUACAUGUAAUAUUUUCUGGCAUGUUCUCACAAUGAGUUUACCAAAAUAUUCAUCAACAAGCGUUUAA